AUGUCUUCCAAGCUCGUACGAAUUACUAUUCUUGUCCGCAAAAGGGAUGAUUUGAGCCAUGAGGAGUUUCAUAAAUACUGGUCUGAGAAGCAUCCUGAUAUCUGGCUUUCCGUGCCUAUUGUGCAAGAGAAGAUCGUCAAAUACUCCCAGUUCCACGCAAACGAAGCUGUUCGGAGCGCCUACGGGUCCGCAAUGCCGCUGGCGUCCUACGACGGCGCUGCUGAGAUGUGGGCGGCAAGUAUGGAGGACCUCCUUGAGGUCUUUACAAACGAAGAGUAUCUGAGGAUUGUUGUCCCAGAUGAGCAGAAGUUUCUCAAGAGAGAGGAAGCCCAGAUGAUUGUUGGUUGGGAAGAGCCCAAGUGGCUUGACGGUAAGAGGGUGUGA